AUGGCGACUACAGUCGCACAGUCGCAGGCGCAAGCAAACAUGCCGUCAAACAGCCUCACCUCACCGGCUGCGCCAAGCUCCCAUGCAUCAGCGCAUGAGGACCAUCACAAUCACAAUUACAGUCGUACUCAUCAUUACCAGGCGCAUACAAAUCAAGAUGCACAAGUCGAGCCACUACCUCCGACCCACAAGUUCACUCCCAGCAACUUCAAGGUUGUCCGUACUCUGGGAACAGGUACAUUCGCGCGCGUCUGUCUGGUCCGACCCUCCAACGCCCCCGACACACCUCUUGAACAAGACACCCGCGACGCACAAGUAUUCGCCCUGAAGAUCCUGCGCAAAACAGAAGUCAUCAAGCUCAAACAAGUCGACCACGUCAGACACGAGCGAGCAGUUUUGGCCGACGUAGCAGGCCAUCCCUUCAUAACCAACCUCCUCGCCUCCUUCUCAGAUCAUGACUCCCUAUACAUGCUCCUCGACUAUGUUCCCGGCGGCGAACUAUUCAGCUACCUCCGCAAGCUACGACGCUUCGACGAGCCUGCCGCACGCUUCUACGCCGCCGAGAUUGUCCUCGUGCUGGAAUACCUCCAUGAGCAGCAAGGCGGCGUGGCGUACCGCGACCUUAAGCCAGAGAACCUCCUGCUAGAUAAAGAUGGCCACAUCAAACUAGUUGAUUUUGGGUUCGCCAAACGUCUAGGCUACAAGGACGACCACCCCGUCGAAACGUACACCCUCUGCGGCACUCCAGAGUAUCUUGCCCCCGAAGUAAUCCACAACAAGGGCCACACAACCGCCGUAGACUGGUGGGCACUAGGAAUCCUGAUAUACGAAUUCCUAACAGGAUACCCACCAUUCUGGCACCAAAACCCCAUCGAAAUCUACAAACAAAUCGUCGAAAAACCAGUAACAUUCCCACAAGACCCCCCCAUAUCCGCCGAAGCAAAAGACAUCAUCCGCUCCUUCUGCACAAUCGACCGCUCCCGCCGCCUCGGCAACAUCUCCGGCGGCGCCAGCCGCGUCAAAUCCCACCCCUUCUUCCGCUCCAUCAACUGGGACGACAUCAUCAGCCGUAGGAGAUCCGGGCCCAUCAUCCCGCCCAUACGCUACCCAGGAGACUCGCAGUGCUUCGAUACGUAUCCCGAGGAUGAUGGCAAGCGGGACCAGUACACGGAUGAGAUGGUACAUAAGUAUGAUCAGUACUUUGAGGAUUUUUGA